AUGUUGAUGAAAACGAAGAUCCGGAGAAUCUUAUUCGGCGUCGCCAUCGGGCCGCUGUCCUUGUCGCAUAUCGUGACCGCCGCGCCAGCACCGGCUCACGCAGAAGCAUCACAACCGCCGCCGCCGCCCGUUCUCGAGGGCAUGAAUUACCUGACUUUGAAUCGCUCCCUCGAAGACAAAUAUUUCCACGAGCCCGUGGGACAUGAGCUGGGAGCGGACGACCGACUAGGCCACUACGACGUGCGAUACUUCCAUGGGAUGGUGACCGAAGAGGAAAGGGCGGAAAGUUUGCAUCACAUGGUAAUAGCUUAUUUGGACUUUUUCCGCCUGAACGAGCUGGAGACUUGGAUCGCCCAUGGAACACUGUUGGGCUGGUGGUGGAACGGGGAACUGCUCCCCUGGGACUGGGAUGUCGAUACCCAGGUGCUCGACACGACACUGGCGCGCAUGGCGCGAGAAUUCAAUCGCACGGUUACUAGUUACGUCUCGGCCGACGCAAAAUUCAAGCGAGAAUAUCUGCUGGACAUAAACCCGUGGGCAUACUUCCGCGACAGAGGACCGGGCCACAACAUCAUCGACGCGCGCUGGAUCGAUACUAGUAAUGGGCUAUACGUCGACAUCACUGCACUGAGUCGCUUCAACCCCAGCGAUCAGCCCACUACUUGGGAAUGUAAAAAUCGACACCGAUAUCAAACGAUCGACUUGUACCCUCUGCGACAGACGAUGUUUGAGAGCACACCGGCCUUGGUGCCGUACAUGUAUCAGGAUCUUUUAGUGGAGGAGUACUCUACGAAGGCCCUCGCACGCACCGACUUCCAAAAUCAUACAUGGAAUCCGAUAGUCGGACAAUGGAUUUUGACGGCGUGA